GUGGAAUGAGGGGUUUGAGAUGGUGAUGGAUUACACUGCUUUGGAGUCGGAGGCUGGCUGCAUGAGUUGCGGUAGUUGAGUGAUGUGCGAGUUUAUGGAGGGAGACUGAAUGAAUGAGGUCAAAGGAGGGCUUGCUUCGAGGGCAGGCACGAGGGAGCAACCCAGCCUGCUCAUUUCCAGUGAUAUACCCAUUCCUUGCGGCUACUGCCGCCGCUCAUCAGACCAAGUCUUUCAGCCUCGACCAAAUCGUCGUCCGCACUGUUACGUUUCACACCUCCUCAUCUCAGCUCUCGAGGAACUUUUCACAUCACCUCCUGUGCGAAAAAUGCGCCUGGAAAUAA